AACAAUCCACCACCUCGAAUGCCGAAUUCAUUCACAUAGCAGAAAACCAGGAACAGCUACUUCGGUUUUAUGGUAAGAUCAAUGGAUACCCUGCAUGGAUCCUGUUGGAUUCUGGUGCCUCCAAAAAUUUUGUAGAUAAGAAGUUCGCUGACAAAAAUCAAUUGCUGAAGAAACCUACCUCACCGUUUUCCGUGGAACUUGCCGAUGGACGAAGGAAAGAAGUUACCACCAAAGUGGAA